AUUACAUUAAUUUGGUUCGAAAUUGGUAUGAUACACACGAUGUCCGUAUACAUAUAAUUUUAUAUCAAAAGAUAGUGAUAUUUGUGUAUCAUUUUUUCAAGUUCCUCCAAACAUAUUGCUUCUUAACUUUAACACGGGAGACGGAAAUCUGACAGAAGGUAGCAGCAUAUCUCUGGUGUGUUCUGUGGAGAGUUUCCCCCCGUCCACAAUACAGUGGUUCUACAAAGCCAACAACACAGUUCUACUGACCACCCCAGACGUCCUGGAGAGUACCUACACCCUGACUAACGCUGACUGUCUGGACACCGGACUCUACACCUGUUUUGUCAGAAACAGUGUAUCUGAUACAGCGGUCACCAGGGAUAUACCGGUCAACGUUCUGUGUAAGCCACGUGAAGAUCCCAGAGUAAAUGGUAAUCAUAGGUUUGGUUUAACUACCUCAGAUGACCUGACUCUUACUGCAAUGUUCCUAGCUAAUCCAGAACCAAGUUUCAUGUGGACAUUUCAAGACGUCGCUAAUAAAACCACAACUGAACUUAAAAACGGAACAGACAAUUUCAUCAUACGGAAUGCAUUUGAUAGGAUGAACCUGUCAGCAUUGUCGAUGGGGAUUCGUAAACACAUGCACGAAGACAUAUACGGAACAUAUAUUGUCACAGCCACAAACAGUCAGGGAAGUGGAAGGAUUAACUUUUCAGUGGAAGCACAGGGAAAACCUAACCCUCCUUACGAAGGCAUAGCUAUUUGUCCUUCCGCAGACCAAGCUAUUCUGAGUUGGAAAUCGGCUUUCGAUGGAGGAUCUACCCAAACAUUUGUGGUCGGAAAAAGAAUCCGAACACAAGGCAUAUUUGUUAUAGACAGACAACUUGAUACCCCCGAUCCAGGACAACACCGAACAGCCAUCAUUUCUAUAUCUGGUCUUACUGCAGGUACACAGUAUUUCUUCGUGGUGUUUGCUGUAAACAAAUUUGGAAACUCAACUUUUGAACGUGACGUCAACUGUACAACACAAGGUACUGUAUUUAAUAUAUUUUUUCUAUUCCUAAGUUAUCACGAAAUGGUACCCGUGCCAUUUUUAGAAGGAAAAACAUACUUGUACAAACAAGACGGGACAUGUUCCUCAAGGAUUAAUGUAACACAUGUCAUAUAUGAUUAA